UGCCUCGACGGCACUAGAAUUAAUCUCAUUGAGUACAUUAUGGCCUGGUGCUACAACGUGAGGGAGAGUGAGAAACGUGGGAUGCUGUUGACUGCUGUGGCCGGUGCUGGCAAGACAUCCCUCGUGCACUCAGUCGCAGAGAAGUGUGCGAAUGGAGGUGCGCUGUUGUUGAGCUUCUUUUUCAAAGUAGGAGAGCAAUCGCGGCCAGAUCACCUGUUCAGCGGCAUGGCUCGAUCUCUAGCAGUGCACGACCCUACCUAUCGCACCUCAGUCAUAUCUGCCCUUAAGAAAGAUCCGACUCUCGCGACUGCCCCAUUCACAAUGCAAUUCAGUAAAUUAGUGGCUGAGCCUCUCCAUCGGAAAGCGUUGCCCUCCGAUCGUCCUAUGGUGAUAUCUUGGAUGAAUGCGAGCAGCAAGCGUUCGAGGACCUAGCCGAUAUACUUCGAGACGGGGUACCCAAGCUACCAGCCAACAUCGAGGUUUUUCUCACCUCGAGACAAUUCGACCUUACCAACCAGGGAUGUAUAUAGAAUGGGAAAUAAUAGCGCUCAUGGUCGUUUGGCACCCUGCACAUGCACCAAACAGGCGCUCAAACGAUCAGGGUGUGCCAAUGAUUUGCCUCUGAUCUGUAUCUGUUUUUGGAUCAUCACCUGGCAUUCAUCCACAU